AUGACAACCACAACGACAUCUUCUUCUGCUACCUCAUCUAUCAGUGAUAAAGAUACCAUGUCAAUGCGAGAAUCGGAGAAAACGCCACAAAACAUCCUAUUGAUACCACCUGGUCAAGAAACAACAGUAUCAUCUCAUCUCGAUCUACAAAAGAGCUUUUCAUCACCCUCCACAGCACGUGAGCAAGAAGAUGUGACCAAUCGAUACAAAGGCCAUGAUGAAUUUGAUGCCAUGUUGCAACAACAAACUCAAGACAUAUCAGAUCAAGUGGCAAAACGAGAAGAUGAAAAACAACAACAUCAACAACAACUGAAACCUAAAUCCACACGAUUGACAUUUGAAUUACCUGAACGACCCCCGAGACCCUCAUCAAGGAAUUCGAAUUACGCAUAUCCAUUUACGUAUAAACGAUAUUCGCUACCUGAUGAAAUCAUCCUAAGCUCUGUACGCAAAAUACCCCGUCGACGGUCGACAUCCCUCUUUCGAUUCUUUGGUGGCGGUAGAGCUGGUUCAUCCUCUGAACGCCCUGUGGUUUUGGAACCUACCUAUGGUGAUCAUGUCAACAUUUUGCAUCGGCCUUCGGUCCUUACGGGUCGCGUCAAGUAUAUCGGACCUGUGGAUGAUGCUCCUGGAAAUGACUGGUUGGGGAUUGAAUUGGAUGUACCAGUGGGCAGCAACGAUGGUAUACGUGAUGGCAAGCGCUAUUUCCAAACCGAUCGAAAUCGGGGUAUUUUUGUUCGUAGAGAAGAUGUGGAAUUGCUUGAUGACUAG